AUGUCUAAUAAGAAGCGGCCGCGCGCCGAUUUACUGUCGUCACUGGAUGCAAUGUUUGAGUCUGCUGCACAGUUUACAUCCUCCAAGUACACGUUACAAGCUGCAGCGGAAGCGAUAGGGAAUAAGCAACAGAUCUAUCAAGGCUUAAAACGAAAGCGAAAAGAUAAGAAGCGCAACAAAGGAAAAGGAAACGGCAAAGAUGCAGAUAAACCGAAUGAAAAUGACGGAGAUAAGCAUUUGAAAAACGAGCUAAGAGCUGAUCCACUAUAUCAAAAGAUGAACGUGGAGCUACUGGCUAUAGGGCUUAAAGACUGCUCCCUGAAAUCGCAGGUCCAUGCUCUGCAAAAUCCAAGACAAUUGCGCGAAACACUUCAGAACUAUUUGGAGCUUGUGACACAAGGCACGAGAGCAGGCUUGAGUGCUGUUGGCAGUCUUAAAAAUAAGGUUCUGUCCUUGGACAACCCCUUCAAGAUGACUGCUACAGAAACUACGGAAAAAGCGAUUGCGUCUACUAGUAAGAAGCAGACGGCAAAAUUGCUGAGCGCGCGCCGACGUCGACAACUUGGUUUACACCUGCUCAGCGGCGAGAUAAAGUACAGUGAUGCCAAGCAACUCAACGACAUCUGGAUCCGGUAUGUCAGCCAUGUGAUUGAAAGUGAACUUUGCAAAGUUGAGCAUAUUACCGACGAGGCUCAGCUAGCGCGUAACACGAAACUUCAAACUAAGCUAAAAUAUUUGGAUCUGUCGGGAUGUCCGGUUGAAGUGAUUCAAUCAAAAAGGCCAUGUAAUGUCGGUCUAUGUGGUAUCAUCGUUGCCGAAACUCAGCACACCGUGCAGAUUUGCUGUCGUGUACCUUUGGACGAUGACGAUACGAGCAACGGUUCUAUUCGAACAUUAGUAAAGUCUGACUCGCGCUUCAAAGUUUGUAUCAGCUCAACUCGAAACUUGUUGCUUGAUGGCGCGUGGCUUGCAGAACGUGGCCACAUCUUUGACAUUUAUUUUCAAUCAAAUGUCGAGUCGUUUAUUCCCACUACCAAAAAUUACACCUCAUCUCCUCCAGCUAAACGUGUCAUUAUCUUUACUCUCGAUGGUUGUCGCGUUGAUAAGCUCUUUAAAGUCGUUGCUGGUUACACAAAUCAUUAUGAUCUGAACACAGACAGCAGUAUAAAUACCACAUUUCGUCAUGAGAACCAGAUUCCUUUUCUAGGUAAUGUAAUGCGACAUCGUGGUAGUUGGGGCGUCUCGCAUAACCACGUACCAACUGAAAGUCGACCAUGCCACGUGGCUCUCACCGCUGGAAUAUACGAAGAUCCGCAUGCAGUCUAUGAAAACUGGAAACAACACCCCGUACCAUUUGACUCGGUGUUUAAUCAGAGUAGCAGUGCCUUUCUUUAUGGUAAUCGAGACGUUGUUCCUAUGUUGGCAAGACAUGCGCCACAAGCAAUGGAAGAGCACUACACGGCACAAGAAGAGGCAAAGAUGGUACGGAAAGACACGACACUAUUGGAUAUAUGGGCAUAUGACAAGGUGGAAAAGCUCUUUACUCGAGGAACGGAAGUAAAAGACCUGGAGUUGUACAACCAAUUGCAUCAGGAAAAGCUUGUGAUCUAUUGUCAUUUCUUAGGUACCGACGUAACAGGACCAAUAUAUGGAACAGACUCGAGAAAAUAUUUGGAGAAUAUUGCAGUUGUUGAUACAUUGAUUGAGAAAGCGUACAAGAUGAUCGAAAAGUACUAUGGAAAUGAUGGACGAACUGCGUAUGUAGUUACCGUGGAUCAUGGAAUGGACCUUCAUGGUAACCACGGUAAUAAUGCUCCCGCUGAAACGCGGACGGCAAUCAUUGCAUGGGGUGCUGGGGUUCAAGGACCUGAAAUGACGAUGACGAACAAUUUACGCAAGAGUGGUUUUGAUAUUGAGUUACCUACACAAUCCAGAGAGGAAGUGCUGGCACGUCUAGAGUCCCAGGUUCAAGAGGAACAAGCUGCUACACGCGAAUGGGGGACAGUACUGAACUAUAAACGCAAGGAUGUUAUGCAGGUUGAUGUGGCAGCUCUUAUAAGUGCCUUGGCUGGACUUCCGUUUCCCCGCAAUUCGGUAGGUAUCAUACCGUUUACAUACUUGAACAAGGACAAAUAUCGUACCAAAGCCAUGCGCGCGAAUGCGCAACAGUUGUAUAAUCACGCAUUACGCAAAGAAGAAGUAAAACGCGCUCAUCGGGGCUUACUAUUUGUUCCAUAUUCGCCACUUUACCAGCGUAUACCAGACCUAAAAGCCCAUAUUGAUGAGGCUAUCAGCAGCAUAAGUGAAGGUCAUAAUAACGCAACUCAUGACAAUGCGCAUCAGGUUGUAGAGAUGUUGAGUCAAGAGAUGAUUGAAAUUUGCCGGAACGCGAUUGUGUACUACCAGACGCUACCUUCACCCCGAUACUUUUCGUGUACGGCGGUUGUUCACUCAUUCAAUUGGUGUCAAGUUUAUUGCGCUGGUGGCAGCAGUGAUGUGGUGGCGAUAUCACGCUAA